AUGCUCAACGAAUUGAACGAAGCAGGGAAGAGAAUAGGACUACGAAUAAACAGAAAGAAGACACAGUUCAUGAAGAACGCGCACUGUGAGGACGGAGGAGUACAACUUGAAGGCUCCCAAGUCGUGGAAACUCCGUCAUACGUAUACCUCGGACGUUCUAUGAACAUGGAAAACGACUUGAAGGAAGAACUGAAUAGAAGAAUGAGAGCAGCAUGGGCAGCAUUCGCAGCCGUCAGGGAAGCUACGGACCAACUGACGGACCAUGAUCUUCGUGCCCAUCUGUUCGACUCGACAGUCCUUCCAGCGCUCUGUUACGCAGCGGAGACGUGGGCAGACACCGCGGCCACGUCUAGGAAGCUACUUACUACCCACAGAGCCCUUGAAAGAUGUCUCCUGAAGUUUAACCGGCGCACACAACACCUUGCCGGUCUUCGUAGCUCCGACUUAAGAGGAAUGUCCCGUCUUCGCGACCCAGCGGAGUAUGUAUCGAAAGCAAAACAUAGAUGGGCCGGUCACAUCAUGAGAAGAAUCGACGAUAGAUGGACUAAAAGAACGCUAGAGUGGAUCCCAAGGGACGCUAAACGCCCCCGAGGGAGACCGCCAACGAGAUGGAGUGACGUGUUCGCUGCACGGAUGGACCAGCUGAGAGCUCAGCUGGAUACGGCUCAAGGACCUCGUCAAGGUCACUCACGAAGCUUGAGAACAUCUUGGAUGACAAUGGCGAGGGAACGAAAUGAGUGGAAGAGAUGCUGGGGCCCGCACGUCGAGUGA